UUAACCAAGAGGAACACACUUCAGCAUUAUCAAAACAUAAGUAGAAUUUACCGAUGAAUUUAUCAAACGGAAACACAUCUGCAUUGUCAAACAAGUAGAAAAUUCCGAUGAAUAAAAUAAAUUGUCAUUUUGCGGAGUUAAAUCAGCAUUAAAAUGCAAAAUUGUACUGACACAAUGAUGAAUUUGAAUAAGAAAAUCGUUAUAAUCAUAGUGUUUUUAGUUGGAAUAAACUGCAGCACUGUGUUGAAAAGCAAUGGAACUGCCGGGAAAGAUUUAAAUGCGCAGACGUUGAUCGAACUGGGGAGAGAAUUAAACGAACCCCUUGUAACAAUGAUUGGAAUGGUGAUAGAAAACUAUCACACGUGUAUGUCAUGGACGCAAUGGACUGAAUGCAGCGCUAGAAAGUCUGAUUUCUUCUCAACUAGAACGCGAACCAGACAGUGUGCGAAAGACAAAUUAAGAAAUGGUCGGCACGCGGAGAUUGAGAUAAGUGUUUGCGAAGGCAAACCGUGCCCAACAACCUACAACACGACAGCAAAUGGGUUCUGCAUUAAACUAUAUACCACAAUGAAAACUCAUGACGAAGCUGGAAGCGUGUGCCAAAAUGACGGCGGCUUUCUUAUCAAUAUUGACUCAGACUUAAAGUAUGCUGAUGUCAAAGAUUUUAUGAUAACCAAUGACGAAAAAUUAGCCAUACAUAUCGAUGGCUGGCGAAAGAAUGCUACCUCUCAAUGGGAAUAUGCGUACGGAUCUAGAAGCGGAUACUUCCACUGGUACAAAACCUUCCCUAUAACAAAUGCCGAUCAUCUAUGCUUAGAUCUAACUGGGUACAGGAAAAGAGAAAAUCAACGGUUCCUUAUGUAUAAUGACGUCUGCAGUAAGGAACACCAUUUCCUUUGUGAAGUUCUAAUUUGAACAAUAUUUCUUUUCCUAAUUGUAAACUUGUGCAGAAGGCAACGCCAGAAAAAAACAACAACAUAUAAACGAAUAAUUAUUUUUCUCUCUUAAGAUUCAUGGCACAUUGCGGCACAACGAUAUACAUUUAACUUAUUUCGAUAUGGCAGUUAAAAUAUAUAAAUUUCAUGAAAAACGGUAAUGUUUUCGUGAAAAUAAAAUGUUUUCGCGAAAAUAAUAUUUUAUUUUCACGAAAAUUUACCGUUUUUCAUGAAAAAUUUUUCUAUUUUUCGCGAAACUUAUCUGGUUUUCUUAAGCAGAAGUGGGCACUAACACAAAUUUAUCCACUUAAUAUUUGCAGUUCCUUUCGAGAAAAGCUUUUAUGUUUACGCGAAAAGCUUUUAUGUUUUCUCGAAAACAUUUAUGCUUUUCUUGAAAACUCGAUACAUUUUCGUGAAACUUAUCUGGUUAUCGUAUGCAGAAAUAUGCCACCAUAAUAAUAAUAAUCUAACUUAAAAUCAUGUUUUGCUUACGCUAAGUUAAAAGACAUGGCUGGAGUAUUUCAAAAUUAUGGAAGCGUUAAUU